AUGACUACUGCCGAUGGUCCUGCUAGGGUGCAUGACCGGAAUGCACGUCGCCGCCCAUUCUCGAACUGGGUGAAACGCCUGGCGAACCUUAAGAGCUCCUCUGAUUCUACGACAAAUCGAUGGACCAACAAGCGCUCCACGGGCAAUAAGGGCAAGAAGGCCGACCAAGAAAACAACCCAUACCCGCUCUCUGGAAUCAUCAACCGUGACACAGGGACUCAGACACCGACCGACUCAUAUACAGAUGAUCAUUAUGGUACAACAUCUCGCUCCAGAAGCGACCCAUCUUUCUGUUCGGGCUAUGAGAACCCGGUUCCCCUGACAAGUGCAAAAUCAGCUGCGCCAACUAUUUCAACCAACGGCGAUGCCGCAGUAUCCGAAGCAGCGUAUUCCAAGGCUGGGACAUUGGCAACUGGCACUGAAGGAUUAAGCAGCCAUGGAGGGGGUGAGGGCAGCACCUUCUCGUCGCCGGCACCUUCAAUUCGAUCGAUGACCACUACCCUGACCACUGUGCACUCGGCAGCACCCUCAACCCAACUGUACAAUGCACAAAACAGCCACAAUGGGCACCACCAUGGCAGCUCAGCACAGAGUUCUUCAAACCAGCAGGUUCAAUUUUCCCACCAAUUCCCUUCAACCUCACCCGCCACUGCAGUCCCCUCGCACCUGGCACCACAAAGUCAUGCGAUGACGUACAGCGCUGCAACCGCGAACAAUGCUUUGACCGAUAACGCUUCUCUUCUCACCUUGGCAAGCUCAUCCAAGCGCCGUCGCCGCAACUCCCUAGAUACCAAUGCGUCUGUACGCGGGUUGGCUCCGUCUUCUGUUUUCGGCGGGAGUCGGGAGAGCUUGCCGCUGAGUGUUCUGAGUGGAAAUACGACUGAAGCAUCCAAUACCUCAGUAUUCAAUGCGUCGGGGGUACUGAGCCGACCGAGUAUUGUUGGCCUUGCUAGUGCUGAACGCAUCAGUGUCUACUCGGCCUCCGGAGCAAUUCCGCUAGCCACCACUACUGCGGAGCGGGGCGGCUUAUACACUACUAAGCAAACCGUCGGCGGUGAUACGGCCAGCAUUCGCAGCGUUGUCCAAUCGCACAGCCGACAUGACAGUACUGGUGCCAGUAUCUCCGGGGGUAUUAGCAGUCCAUAUGCCGUGGCUGGUCGCAUGAGUCGAAGAAGUUCUGGCUGGGGAGAAAUUACCGGCGAGGAAGGUAAUGAAGGAAAGCCAGUUGAGAAAAACGAGGAUGAAGCCGCAAUUAAGGAUGGUAACGGCUUUCCCGUUGAGCGGCUUAAGGCAUGA